CGCACAGGAACUAAGUGCCACGGCAUCAGUCAGCUCAGUGUAUCUCGUUUACUAGUAUUUUGUAUGUGAGCUGUAUUUUAUAUUGUCAAUGGCUAAAGGGAAGAAACAUGGCUUCAGUGUGGCUCGGGAGCUACAGAGGAGAGAGCUAGCAAUCUUGAGGCCCAUGCUGACUGAUUGGCGAGGUUGCGACGAGAGUCAGAUUGACACAGUGGAAGAGAAGCUGAAUGUGUGCAGAGAGAGUUUAGACCACAUUGAUUUUAAGUUGCGGAAACAUGAGUUAACACCUGAAGGAAGACAAUCACUAGAAGAAGAGAAGUCAGUCCUGGAAACCAGAAUCUCCAGAUAUGAAAAGGAACUGCAGCAACUUCGCAAGGCGAAUUUCAAGAACAUGGUCCUCUCUGUAGCUGUCUUCCUGUUGUUCUUGCUUGUCUACUUGUACUGGACUGCAGAAGAGAACUAGCCCCAUCACUUUUGAAGAGGAAGAGUCUGGACCACUAAACCUUAUGGCUUUGCUGAGGCAGUGAUGAUGUCUUAAAAUGGUUGCUCAUUUGAAGUUCUUAUUAAGUGCUAGUGACGCUGGACGUCCACAACUGCUUGAGAAUAGCUGUUGGGUUAGUUCACCUGGUUAUGGUUUACUUCAUCAUUUUGGACAGAUCCCAUUAGCUCAAUGGGUGACAUGCUAAAUUUACUUUUUUUCUUUUUUUUUUACCUGGAGGUAAAUUCUACCUACCCCCACCGCAGCUAUACCCUCUAAUGAACUCUGAAAUCAGCAAACCUCAGAGUUCAUUAUUAUAGCCUAAGCAACCUGCCUGUUCUGUCAGCCAUGACUAAAUGGACUUCAUUGACAGGCCUCAAUGAACCAAAAUUUACUAGUUUGUCCUAUUUUUCAGCACAAAGAUGAGAUCACCAAAAGCUUAAAUGGCCAGUAACAAACUUCACAAAUGUAGUCAUUUGAACUAACAGAAUUUUAGAACUUCGUACAAACUGAGAAUCAUUUGUCUUACUCACUCUGUCAAUUUUUGCUUAGUACAGCAUGCUUUUGAGCCCUAUUCAGAUUGCAGUUUUCUUCCUGCAUUCUUCUGCUGUUAAACCAUUGCAAAUAUUCCCUGUCUUUUAAGUGAAUAAUUGUCAUAUUACUUCUCCAGAUUUUGCCUUUUUUUCUAACUGUUGGCCUGCCUUAGGCAUAGGCCAGCUAGGCGGCCGCCUAGGGCGCCGGUGUAGCAGGGGCACUUUUCCAGUAUUUAUUUGGUGUAGGUAGAGCAGGAUGGGGGCACCAGGUAAUGUGUUAGGGGGCACCGUGGAGCUGUUUUGCCUAGGGCACCAGUUGACCUAGGGCCGCUCCCUUGCAUCUUAGAUAUUUAAAAAUAGUGUCUUCUUUUUCCUACAGUACACCAGUUGAGGCAUAUUUUAGAGAUUUUGUUUUUGCUCACUUUCCCCUUCUCUAUAUGUUAUCAGCCUCCUCCAAGGCAGUCAGCCCAUUCAUUCCUCAUCACCAUUGUAAGAUUUACCUGGGGGGGGCAUCAUUCAGACAACCAUUAGGGGUGGUUUGUGUUUUUCUGGGGGGAGGGGCUGGCCCUUAUCUACCUGCACAUACUCUGUGUCACGUGGGGGUAGAGAUAUGCAGUGGGUCAUCUGCAAAGGACACCCCUUCACUUCAGCAAGGGUCAUUCUCUUUGUGCUGCCAUGCCCCACAUCCCAAAUCAAAGAAAGUGGUUUCCUCAGUCUUCGCCGGGGAAAUUGCACCACCCAGUGUGCCCUUUGACUGCUCAGAUCUUCCCCACCCCCCUUGAGAGACGAGUGGGCCAUGCUCCAUUACUUCCCCCUUACAGCUCUUCCAGUGCCAGGUCUGCUAAUUGGAUCCUAUUGCCUGGGUUCCAUACCUCUCUGUGCCACAGAGCCAACCCAGUUUGGGAACCUUUAUGAGGAAAGCAAUGUCUGUUUCUGUUAUUGCAAAGGUUUAAGCUUACAAAUACCCCACUAACUCCAGUAUGCUUUACUACAUUGCCUCUGCACUUUUUUGCUUCAUUGUGGUUGUUUACUUCCAUGUCUCUUGUCUCUUUCCCUCUGUCAUGUUUCAUGGUUACUUGUAACACUUUAUUCAUUUGGUGCUACAGCAGUAGGUUUCAUGCUUCUAGUACAUUACUUUAAAGUUUUGCAGUGCAGCAGAUGUCAUUUGAGCCAUGGAGUUCUCUUAAGUCUUUGCUUGUCAUACAGUAGGAUUGUAAUCCUUUUGGAGGGUUUGGAGUUACUCAGUAAGAGAAAUAUUCUCCUAUAGCUUUUAUACAUUACCAUUUGUAAAGACAUUGAGAAGAACUAGCCUUGGUAAUGAUCUCAAAUCAUCUCACUAAUCACAGUUCUUUUCUUAGAGCAAACAUUGAGAAGCACUGGUUUCUGCUGCUAUACCUGUAACCAUUUUAAUAUGUUUAACAGGGUCUAUAUUAUAUUCUCGAAAGCCGACAAUGUCAAAUCUGACAUUGUCGACAGGAGAAUAUCGAACGCUCAGAAUCUCGAGCGUGUAAACGGAAAUCUGCAUAAGGGGAGAUUUCGUUUACUGCAAUAUAGAGCGGCCACGGAGUUGGUAUAUUUAAGUAGCGGGGGGUGCAGGUGGGCUUGAGCAAUGUUGUAAGUGAAUAAUUAAGACAAAAAUUAUAUUUGUGUAAUGUGUACAAAGGCAAAACUGUAAUUUUUUUUUUAUAACUGAAUGUGUACUCAUCUCGUUAUGCAAUGUAUCAUGUCAAUAAACACAUUUUUAAAAAGA